UCUGGUUGCUAGGAUACGGGUCUGCGUCGACUGGUUUCGAAUCAUCGUUGACAUUCUCUAGGUUAAAACACGGAGAACAGGAGAGACUGAGGAUGGUUUUGUCGUUUCGUUUUUCCCUGGGGGUGGUACUUGUACUCCUGGCCAUGGGGCCAGUUGUACCAGGCGCACAGGCCAAGUGGACGAGCCUAGCCCGAAGCCGUCGUGCCGGAGUCCUUUGCAAGUCGGUCGCAGACUGUCAGUCCGGAGAGUGCUGUCCCGAGCAGCUGGGUCGCUGUCUGCCCCUGCUGACCGAGGGUCAUCUCUGCCGCCCCUUCUCCAUCCAGCGCGGCCAUGACUGCCCCUGCACAGUCGGACUUCAAUGUAACAUACCGAACCAAAUGAAGAGUCGGCCCGUGGUCGUCCAAUCUGGCACAUGCGCAUCGGUAGAGGCGCAAGAAGAGCAAGCUCAGGAGACUAGUAAACAGGCACCCCGGCCUGGCCCCAGUGCCUUCCGCCCAGGUGGCGGGAGGAGGGUCCCCUCUCAGGAGCGGGUCCGUAACCUCAUCCAUAAGAUGGCCGGUGCUACAGCUGUGGGCAGGAGGAUGCCUACUUCUACUGGCAGGAGAGUCUGGCGGGGAUAGACCUCAGGAUAGUCUCAGCUUCAUCUUCCGGGAAAGAUCCAAAGUUGUACUGUCAGUUGUCAUGAGAAACCUUCUCACA